GGACUAAAACUAAUGUUAUCCAGCUGGUCGGCAGCUGAGAGGACCUGCUCACUUAUGGACCCACUCUGAAUCUCGAUUUUGAAAUGUGGGACCCUGUGUUUCCUGUGAUGAAUCAUGAUGGCAACAAUUGCUCAAACCGACCCGCCAAAGCAAUUCCACUUCCCGAUUCGCCGUCCACCGACCAAUUCCGACGUUUCUCAUUGACCGAAGUGCGCGGACACCCCAUCUUACAUCGCUUUUCUCGUCGCCUCAUGUCAGAGCCUGCAAGGUAAAAUCCUGCGUGCCGGCUACAGUUCUUUGCAUUCGUCAUGGCGGCUCGCGGUGAGAAUGCAGCGGGCGUAAUACCCACUGCGUCAGCGGCAACAACUCGCCAGCUACGGCCGCGCCAAGCCUCCGGGGCCGGGGCUGGAAGUCUUCCGGCAGGUGUCACCAUCCCGCGAGCGACCGGCCGAGUGACGAGAAGCUCGGCUGCCAAAUCGGGCUACAACAAUGAGAGGGUGCCACAACCUCCGUCUCCGAGUACGCCAAAACGGUCGCACAAGCGCUCCCGGUCGAGGUGCGCGACUCCGAGCAGCAGAAGGGCGAAGCGAACCCGUCAGCGUUCAUCCCCGGAGUUCAAUGAAGAUAGCGACAGCGGGGAUGAGUUCGGGAAUGCGUACAUUACCCCUGGUUCCGAAGUGGAUCAGAACGCGAGCAGCAAUCGCCGGCACACAACCCGCUUGGCUUUGUUGCCGAAGAAGUCGAGUCCAACAAGAGGCACAAAUAACCGACCCGACCGUCUUGCUGCUGAAAACUUAAAUGGGGCCACCGACGCCCACAAUGUCGUUAUUCCGGACUGGAGCAGUCUACCCUACCUCAUCCUGCUUCAGAUCUUUCGAUAUGCCGCAGCACCACUCACAGAACUCCAGCACGCCAAGUGGCUGAUCGCAGCGAGUGGUGUUUGUCGGGCCUUCGUGGAGCCAGCGCUGACCGCGUUAUAUGAGUCCCCUCCGUUGCUAAGUCGGUCGAUGGCGCAUGGUUUGGUGUCGCUACUGUCCAAGGAUCCCUCUACCACUCUGUUCAAUUACAGGCCGAAAGUGGUGGAGCUCUGGAUUGAUGUCGAACAAAUUGCCUCCAAAACAUACAAGGGCCAACCAUUCGACCUCAGGGCCCUUAUCAGCAACGUGCCGCGUCUCAAGUCCAUCCAGUUCUUUCAUCGGAAAGAUGACCCUCCGUAUCGAUCACUAGAUGAGAACCUGCGUUGGCACUAUCCGGCUGCGCUCUUCCAGGCUUUAGAUGGGCCGCAAGGCCCAGCCCAGAACGCUGGCCGAGUUGCGCCCCCAAGACUAUCCGAAUGGCAGUGGAAUCGGCGACUGAUGGGCCCGGAUCUCGAUCUUGGCGGCAUCAAGGCGCUUCAUAGCACCCCGUCGUUUAUAGGUCUCAGAAAACUCUCACUGGUCAACUUUCAAGUUCCUUCGCUUCAUGCGAAGGCGAAUGCGAACAAUGAGGAGCUAGCUGCGAAGGAUUUGGCCUUUGUUCAGAGCCUCGCAGACGCGAUCGCUGAGCUGCCAACAUUACAGCACCUCUCAAUGGAGUCCUCUACUGCUGUCAACGAUCAGCUGCUUCCGCUCUUGCCGAAAAACCUGCAGGGUUUGGAGCUGGUUAAUUGUUGGGAUGUUAAUAGCGACGACCUCGCCAGCUUCCUUCUUUCGAGUGGGCACCAGCUGAAGCAGCUGGUUCUUCGCCACAAUCAGUCGCUCAGUCUCUCCUUCGUUACGAUUCUCGGGUCGGCCUGCCCAAACCUGCAACUUCUAUCGGUGGAUUUGAAAACGUACAAUCACCACGAAUUCUACCAUGACGGCGACCCGGCCUACGAUGAAUUGCUCGCGGCAGACCAGAUUCCGGACUGGCCGGAGGGUCUGGAGACCCUUCAGCUCUUGAACAUGAAGAAAUGGACGGCGGAAGCAGCCGAAAAUCUCUUUCAGUCACUAGUCGAUAGUGCGCCGAAGCUGAGCAGACUCCGGUCUCUGGACCUAAAGGCGAUGCUAAGCAUCCCUAUUCACGAGAGGUCGAGGUUGCGCAACAAGUGGGACGCGAGGUUGAAACGGAUUUUCCUCCGUGAGAGGCAAGAUCCUCUUCCGCUCUACUCCCUGCGAGCGCAACCGCAGCGGGCUGCCGCUGAUGGGAUUAUGAGCACCCCCAAAAAGUCCCGUAAGUUCGGUAGCGGCGCAACAGUCGAUACCACCCCAACACGGCGAAGCAGCCGGCUCGCAUCGCAAUUGUCAAACCCGUCCUCCCGCGCUAGUAGCCUGGGUCGAAGCCUUAGGAGCGGACUUCGCCGGCUUUCGUAUGCCGAGCCAGACACGGAUGGGGAUGAAGAAGACGAGGAAAUGGAAGAGGAGGCUGGGACGAGCGGAGAGAGCCGUCACAUGUCACCGAUGAACACGAUGGCUGGUGAAGCACUGCCCUUUCGCCACGGCAUGUGCGAGAAGGUUGAGAUUCUACUGGAUAACCAGAAGACGACGGAGACGACACUCACUAUGGACGACUUUCUGGAUAGUGAGCAUGAUGAUCUGUCGGAUGACGACUGGGCUGGACAGGAUGAGGAUUCCGAUACCGGGUAUGCGUGGUAACGGAGCGGUCUCUCACGUCUGACCCAAUCUCCUUUCCAUCUUUCAAGGCAGCAUUGACAUGGGGCGCUUUGGCUGCUAUCGGGUCAUAUGAGGAUAAGGACACUGGCAUACCACGGAUGGCGCUCUGAGGGCCCGGCUUUGCUUUACUGGACGGGGAGUAAUGGAAAAUCAAUGGAGGGAGCAUGGGACAUCGCAUCUAAUAUAUAAGGUCCGUGGCUCGUCGUAUGGGGCAUUUGGAAGUUUUACGGUUUCUAUUCCAUUGCUGAACUGUUCGUAUUUGGGUGCUUUUGAGUUGGCCUAACUAUGGGUCGUCAGGAGACUGAAUGUCUCAUGCUGCAACGCCGGUGACACCUUGGUGUUGGGUUUCCACCAAACAAGUCCCAAAGCUCGAGUCAAGUUCCGGGGAUGCGGGGAAGCAAGAGGGAAGUGGCAUAGGGUAAUAACUUAAUAUAAGUGAUUCUCGAUCUUUG